AUGAAGCUGUGGGGUUAUCAGGCGUUGUUUUUCCUUUUAUGUUUGGCAUCUAACGUCAUUGGAGAAGCUAUCGGUACAGCUACACAUACCAACAAUUGGGCCGUGUUAGUCUCUACCUCAAGAUUUUGGUUCAACUAUAGACACAUGGCCAAUGUCUUGAGUAUGUAUCGUACGGUGAAGAGGUUAGGUAUUCCUGAUUCCCAAAUCAUUUUAAUGUUAAGUGAUGAUGUUGCUUGCAACCCAAGAAACCUUUUCCCCGGUUCUGUGUUCAACAAUGCUGAUAGAGCUUUGGAUCUAUACGGUGAGUCUGUCGAAGUGGAUUAUAGAGGGUAUGAAGUCACAGUGGAGAAUUUUAUUAGAUUAUUGACUGAUAGAUGGGAUGAAGAUCAUCCCAAAUCAAAGAGAUUGAUGACCGAUGAGAAUUCCAAUGUUUUCAUUUAUUUGACUGGACAUGGUGGUGAAGAUUUCUUGAAGUUCCAAGAUGCAGAGGAGAUUGCCAGUCAUGACAUCGCCGAUGCAUUGGCUCAAAUGCAUGCCAAAAAACGUUAUAAUGAAUUGUUUUUUAUGAUUGAUACAUGUCAAGCGAACACUAUGUUUUCAAAGUUCUAUUCGCCCAAUGUAAUUGCUGUUGGAUCUAGUGAACUGGACGAAAGUUCGUAUUCUCACCAUUCAGAUGUCGAACUCGGUGUUGCUGUCGUCGAUAGAUUCACGUAUUACACUUUAGGUUUUAUGGAAGAAAUUGAUAAGAACUCUACACUGACUUUGCGUGAUCUUUUCGAUUCGUACACAUUUGAAAAAGUCCAUUCACAUGUUGGUGUUAGGACAGAUCUAUACCCAAGAAAUCUAUCUGAUGUACUAAUCACUGACUUUUUCGGUAACGUUCAAAACUUAGUUCCUGAUGACGACCGUGUCACUGCCGGAGCCAUUAAGAAAAAUGAACAGGAUUCUGAUAACACUUUGCUCAAGCUGGCCAAAGCGAAGCACGAUGAAUUGACAAAGCAAAAAAAUGAUACAACCAUUCCACAAGUUACAAAAUCUAAUCUGAUAAAUAACGAUGAAGCCAUUCAUCAAGGAUCGGUUGAAACGUAUAAUAUCAAGCUAGUAAAAGUACUGGGUACUCUUCUACUACUUCUCAUCCCAAGCUUGUUAAAAUACUUUUCAUACGCAAAGACGAACAAUUCAAAACUCACAAACUUUUCUUUAUAUAACGAGCACACAGCAUUAUAG